AUGGUGGAAAUGCUGUUGCAGCAAGGUGCCGAUCCGGAAGGGCGGUCGGGUCCCAGGAACACAUUGCCUAUGCAUAUCGAAGCCGGAGGCGGAAGCGCUGAGGUUGUGAAGCUCCUGUUAGAAAACGGGGCGUCUGUUGAAACUAGGGAUGAUAACGGGACAGCACCACUUCUUGUCGCAUGCGAUGUGGGUUGCUUCGGUGCCGCCGAACUGAUCCUCAAAACUCUACCUGCGCACGAGGACCUGAACUCUUACAAGCCAAACUUUCUACUUGCGGCAGUCAGACAGGGCAGCUAUAAGACCACAGAAGCUCUGCUACGGCGAGGAGUCAGUCCCGACUGCUACGACGAGGAUCUCAGCGCCCUGGGACUUGCCGCAUUGAACGAGCGGCUGGACUUGUGCAAGCUCCUACUCGAAUUCAAAGCUGAUCCCAAUUUCGCACAUCAUGAUUCCAUGCGGCCACCACUUAUGAUUGCUGCCGCUGAUGGAAACUUGGACAUCGCCACUUUGCUCAUCAGGAGCGGCGCCGAUGUCAAUAAGGCCUGGAAGAAAGAGAACUUGGUGCGCCAAUCACUAGGGUUUGCGGCCUGGCAUGGACAUGCUGAAAUUGUGCGGGCUUUGCUAGACAAUGGCGCAGAUCCCAACGCCGUUGAUGAGCGUGACUGGACUGCGCUGUUGUUGGCAGCGGGUGAAGGGCAUAUCGAAAUUGUGCGCCUUUUAUGUGCCCAUGGCGCUGGUUUGGACUUAGGCGGGGGUCCAGCUGGAAACACCCCACUGCAUGUCGCCACUGAGUACCCAGACAUAGUCAGCAUUCUGCUUGAAUCUGGUGCGGAUGCGAGCAAAACAAAUGCAUCAUCGGCGAUUCCACUUGCCUUGGCCAUUAAGUAUAACCACUUGGCCACAAUGAAUCUGCUAAUCAGCCACGGCAAGGCCUCAAGGGCAGAUAUAUCACAUCCUUCAGUCAAAGCCGAACUACUGAACCUCAAAGACUGGGACUCGAACAGCGAGGAGCGUUUGUCUACACUGCUGGAAGCCGGCGUCGACGUGAACAUGACCAACAGCGACAACACAUCUCUCGUGAUGCUAGCCAUGCUGAACUCAGAGGAAGCUGUGCGCACAGUGCUGGAAUAUGGGCCAGACCUGAGUAAUAGGAACAUGGAUGGGGACACGGUUCUGACCAUGAUUAACAAGGACACCACGGUUGGCUCUAUCAAGAGAGUCCUCCGCUUAGGAGCACAGCUCGACGUAGAGGACAACGACGGAUGGUCGCCCCUGAUGUGGGCUAUCUCAGCCGAGAACUGGGAUGUAUUGGAGUACCUGAUGACAAUCGAAGUCGUCAGGUCGAAGGUGAACCUUCCACGGAGGAACGAGGGCUCGGUGUUGCAAUUCGCGUGCCAUGAAGGCAAUGUCAGGGCUGUCAAAGUUCUCCUGGAACACGGUGCUGACAUUGACAUGGCCACCGAGGUGGGGACUCCAAUCACGGAAGCAAUCGUCAGGAGGAACGACGCCGUGGUUCAACUGUUGCUGCAAAGAGGCGCACGACUUGAUCGGCCCGCCUGCUUUAUUUACCUUCCGAUCUUCGCUGCAUGCUUAAAAGGCUCCGGGGACCUGGUAAAAUUGCUGCUAGAAAGACAUGGCGCAUCGAAAGACGAUGUUGAUUUUGCGGGGAGAAGAUUAAUCCACCUGGCCUGUUACAACAACGUUGAGAUCCCGAAGCAGCUCGAACCUGCUGAGGAGGACUUCGCUGCUAGGGAUUACGUUGGACGCGUACCUCUACAUUAUGCCUGCCUCAGUGGGGACGUGGCUUUGUUAGAAUACGUGCUGGAGCGAUCAAAAUCUGUCGGGGUGGGUAUUGACAUCCAAGAUAACGAAGGCUGGACACCGCUCCUAUGGGCGGCAAGAGCCUCCUCCUUCAUCGAGGAAUCCUACCCCGAAUCAAAGUUUCUCGAAGCUGUCUCUUGGCUGAUCAGCAAGGGAGCUGAUGCCAUGGUGCGUGUUGAUGGCAUUGAUCCUAACUACGAGCCCAUCAGAGGCGGCUGGACUGCUGUGGAGAUAGCCAAAUAUCACGGUGCGGAGACUAUCGUUGACUUUUUGAGGACCCGUGUCGAAUUAGACAAGGGGACGAAUCACCCUUUCCUCCUCCUGUAUAGCUACACGAGCUAG